AUUGCAUCUUCUAGUGGAUGCCAUCAUUGGAGGGCUUUACGUGUGAUGUCUACUGAUCGUUUUGUUCGACGGAGUAGUUCGAAAUCCAGAAGUGGUAGUGGUGAAUAUCAAAGCUGCAAGAAAAACUCUUCGUCAGUCUCACAGUCAGAAGCUACGGGAUUCAAGGUGGAAGAUACAAAUACCUAUACAUCUGGAAGUGAAAAGAAUGGCAAACAUGUGAAGUCUGAUAGCAGAGACAGUGAUUUUGACCAUGAUCCACAGUUAAGACGUGGAUCUCUGUCAUUUCCUGUUAAACGGUCUGGAUUGUCAAAUAAACUCCCUCAUCCUGCUCAUUUUGAACGCAGUAAUUCAGAUGAUCACAACAAGAUCUUAUCCGAAACGCAUGAUAUCAAAUCUGAGUCACCACAUUCUACCACUACAAAUAAGUUAAGUUCGUCGAAAGAAUCGAAAAGCAAUCCAACUACGAAAAGGAAAAAUGACAGAUAUCAAGACACUUGUAGCAAAGAUGAUUCAGUCAAUUCUAAAGAAGCUCGGUCCAAGUUAUCCAGCAGUGAUUCAAACAAAAGAGGACGCGAGAGAAAUUCAAAUCGUCAACGACCCAGCAACCGACGAAGGAAAUCCGCCUCGUCUAGAGCUUCUGAUGGCUCUCGAGGAACACAUCGUGCCAAAAGCACAGCCGAUGGUAUAUCUCCAGAUCAUAAACGUUCACUUUCUCGUGGAUCCUCAUCGUAUCAUUCGUCAAUGAGUAGGUCACACUACUCCUCGCGGACGGAGUCCUCUCAUAAGUAUGACCGACGUAAGCGUAGUUAUCUGAAGUCAAAAACUUACAGUUCCAGGUCAUCUGCUCGUACUUCACGUUCGUACCGUUCAAGCUACAGUUCAAGAUCUAGGUCAAGCUCUGCAAGAACUCCUAGGUGUCGUAGACACGUCAGGUCGUUUUACCGGAGGAGACAUAGACAUAGGAGCUAUUCCGUUCGAUCACGGUCUCGUUCAAGAAGCUGGCACUCAACAGAUUCCAGUUUUUCUUCACAGUCCUCUCGCUCGUCACGUUCUAGAUAUUUUUCACGUCGAAAUGUCUCCAAGAAACGUUCUUCUUCUCGUCGCUCUCGUACUCCUUUAUAUCGGCCUACUUCAUCUUUUAAAAAGGUUUCAGAUGAUUACGUUCGAAGUACACCGGAACGCCGUCUCGCUCGCCUAGGAGUUGGACCAGUUAAUAAAGACAGUAAUUUGGAUGAUAAAACAAAUAGUCCUUAUGGUGAUUCAAAGCCUAUGUCUUAUAUGCCUAGUGUUAACGAAACAGUCUCAGCAGCUGUCAAAAGGGUUGUAGGUGGCGGACAAUCAAAGAAUCAGAAGGCAUCAAACGAAUCAACCAUAUCAAAAAAUAACAAUUGUACCACUGAAUCAAAUUCUGCUAAUAAUUCUAAAUCGGCUGAUGAAUGCAAUAGUGAUUCACGUUCACAACCAUUGUCUUCAUCAGAUGCAACAGAGUCAAAUGAUAAAACAUCCAGUCCACCGGUACUGGUUGAUAUACCAUUACCUCAAGAUGCACUACAUCAGUCUUCUGACAAUUCGAAUAAUAAUAAUAAUAAUAGCAGUAAUAAUUCAAAUAAACCUGCUACCUACAUUGGACCACAGGUUCCUCCAGAUCUAGCUAAGCGCUUUGGUUUAUCUGUUGCUGAUACAAGCGUCAAAUCAGAGACUACUGACUCUAUAGCAACUGUUCCAAGUAGUCGUAAUACUACCGUCGUUACUUCCGAAAGUUCACAACUUCAAAAUACUUCUAGCUCUUCCUGUGAUACUGUAUCUUCAUCAGCUACUAAGAACACAGAUACUGAAGUUACCAGCUCUAAUCCUCCAGAAUUCACAAUCCCACCUGAACAAGCGGAGUUGUAUAGACCACUACAAGAGCAAGCGAAAGAACAUGCUUUACGGCGUAGCGGCAUGCUUAUUACUCCAUUGUUAUCCAGCAUACCGAGUAGUAAUGUAGUAGCUGCUGGUAACGUUAGUAUCACUGACCCCUCGAUGCCUCAACAGGUAUCUGCUGAUGCUAUACUUCUAAGACAGCAACAACAACAACAGCUUUCUGCUCUGUGUGGAGCUGCUUAUCAGCAACAGGCAAAUUCCAAUGAUCCUACACAAUUAUUCGUUGGAUCAGUAGGUGGUAAUCCACAUAUCACCUCCAGUUUAACAGUAGAACAACCCGCUACGUCAAUAUCAUUUCCUACUUCUAUUAGACAAGAUGUUAAUUCAAUAUCAGCGUCUAUUCAACAAGCACAAUUGCAACAACUGUUUGCAGCAGCUGCACUACAGUCAGCCACUCAGGGUAAUAAUAACAACAGUGUUCUUCCUUCUCAGGCCACAGUUGCUCAACAGCAGUUACUGAAUCAGCUAAUUGCUCAACAAUCACAGAUAUCUGGAUUAAAUAUUGCACCAAAUCUAGUGACAGCUUCUUUGUUAGCUGCACAACAACAACAGAAACAAUUAAUAGCUCAAUGGCAGAAACGUGCUCUUGCAUUAGCUGCAGCGAGUGCCGCUAAUGAUCAGCUGAAAAAUGCCCAAGAUAAACGGUUAUCUGCUGUUAAUCCAGGCACCAAUGUUACCAAUCCUGCUGUCGUUACCCCAACUAGUCUAGCUUCUGUUUUGAACGCUGGAAAUUCAUUACCCGCAGCAAUACAAUUAGGUCUUUUACGUUCCAGUCUCAAUGCACAAGCUCUUUCCACCAAUAGUGGACUAAACACACCCAAUCAAAAUCAAGUGGCCGCUGUAGCUGCUUUAAUUGCUGCAGCGCAACAACAACAACAACUACAGCAACAAUUACAACAACAACAGCAGCAACAACUACAACAACAACAGCAUCAACAACAACCAGCAACAGCACAACAACAAUUGCAACAGCAACAAAAUCAGCAGCAUUAUCAACAAGCAACAAUUGUUUCCUCUGCUCCACAAUUUCCAGUUUCUUCUGCAAAUCAAGAGCUUGCUAAUGCUGUACAGUCAGCUUUAUUGCCACAACAAUUGCAACAACGUUUGCUUUCGUUGCAGGCAUCACUUAUCCAGCAAAAGCAGCAGCAGCAACAACAACAACAGCAGCAGAUAGCUUCGAUGAAUAAUGCAGCUGCAACUGCUGCAGUAGCUGCCUCAGGGAAUGCUGCGUUACUUCAAGCGGUAAUUGCAUCAUCUCAGCAGCAGCAGCUGCAACAACAACAGCAACAACUCCAACAACGUCAGCAACAGAUUGCUCAUAGCCAGUUUCAACAACAACAACAAGCAGCUUUGGCUGCUAUUUUAGCUGCCCAACGGCAGCAGCAACAGCAACAGCAGUCAGUUCAAGAUCGAUCAAAUAAGCCUCUGUGAUAAAAAUUCUUUUUUCCUAGUGAACUUGUAAACAAAAUCUGUAUAAUUCCAAUAAACUGUAUAUACAUACAUAUUUAACUAAUAUCUAAUAUUGUACUGUUUGUUUUUUUUGCUUUAAUAUACAUUGAAAUUACUUUUCAUUUCAAGUUA